AUGGGCCAACAGAAAAGGCAACAAGUUGGAGCCACAUUGGUUCAAGUUGUUGAAUCAGACACCAACGAUGAACUAGUGAUGGUCCAACCUCCCUGUCACCAUACAAACCGACCUGGUGCUGGUGCUGGAGGAAGGAAUUCCCAGCUAGAGAAGAUUGGAAAUGCUAUCCAGACUCCAGCCAGAGCACCUGGCAAAUUGAAGGUUCGGAAUGUUGUUGUCCCUCUUGAUGAGCCUGAAAAUGUGAUGGCUCCACCAGUGACAAAGAAGAAGGGGAGAGGGAAAGUGGCGCCUCAGCAGCUUGAGAGGAACUUGAGUGUAAUAGAGGCAUCCAAGUCAGGCCUCACUGCUGCAGGUCCCACACCUGCUCUACACAUCAUGGACCAAGGAAGGUUUGGAUUGCAGGAUCAUCCAACUCCCUCAGCAUAUCCCUAUGUCCAUGAUUGCGGUACCUCUCAAGGUGCUUCUCGUGGUGCUUCUAGGGGUGCUUCUCAGGGUGCUUCUUGGGGUGCUUCUUGCAGCAUCUCUCAUGGCGCCUCUCUUCGUGACCCUCAGGCUGAUGGAAUCAGAAUUACAGCUGUCCAGCGUCCUGUUGGUACUCAUAUUGUUUCUCAUGAUAUUCCUCAGUCUGUCAGCGACCAACGCUCAAGCUCAUCUAUUCCCAUUCUCAACUCUGCUGUUCAGCAGGAGCCAUCAACGACCAUAACACCCCAUCACAUCAUUUCUCGUACUCCUCCUGCUUUCAGUUCCUCCACUAGCCAAAAUAUCAAGAUCAAGCAGAUUGUACUUACUGUCAUUCCAAUGGCAUAUGAACUAGUACUCAGCGUCAACAGGAACACAAUUGACAGUGUCAAACUCAAGGCAACCGGUUUGCUGAAGAAAGCAAUGUAUUUGCAUGGCUAUCCUGAUUCUGAGGGUCAUGCAUCUAACUUUGCAAACAACAUGAUCCACAUUGUUUGCCAUAAGUCAUUUUAUGACAAUGGUUCCAAAUCACUAAAGCAAUUCCCUGAGUUUCAGAAGACUAUUCCGCCCCCAGCGCUCUUCCUCGUUGGAACUAUCAUUCAUAAUGUAAUCUAUAUCUACAGUAAAUAUGGUCAGGUAAAUGGCGCCAAGCAGACACCCAUUGAGGAUUCAGAGACUUCCUACAAUUGUAUUUCGACAUUGUUUGACUGCACAAACAAAGACAAGUACCAUGGACCAAAACUAUGUCAAAUGCUCAAAGCUUGGGCAUUGGAAGGCAUGAACACACAUGGUGCUGGCCUUGGUACUAAUGAAGGUGAUGAUGGCUGUUCUGAGUGGGAUGUUGAUCUUGAUUAG